AUGUCAACGUCGGCACAACAUGUGGCGAGUCUUCUGCGGCAGCGGAGCAGCUACAGCAGCGGCGCCGGCGAGAAGGACACGCUGGUGAAGCUCACAAGAGAUGUUGAACUCUUCUUGCGCCAUGCGGCGGAUGUCCCCCCUGUCGUGAUGGAGACACCGCAGGGCGGCAUGAGCCCCAGCAGCGGCGAGUGCAACACUGACAGCACAGUGGAGGUGCAACUGAACGUCGUGGCCGGCGUGCUCGAGCCGCGCGAAAUGACCGACGGCGUGGCGGCGCUUGACGGUGUGUUGCUGCCGACAGCAGAGAACCGUGCGGCACUCGAUCGGCAGCGACUGACGGAGGCGCAGGCGAUGCUGAAUCUCGCGAGUGCGCUCACCGCCACCAAAGAGGCAGGGCAGCGGCGGGGCGAUACGCGCAGUGCGGACGGCGGUGAGAAAGAAGGUGGCGACGACGACGAUGACGAUGACUAUGAAUCGGUCGCGGUGUUUGAUGCCGCCGAUUUAGAAAAUGACACGAGUUCUGAUGACGACGACGAUGAUUACGGCGACGGUGAAGGUAACGCGCACAAGCAGCUACCUUCCCGCAUCGUAGAGCUAAACUGA